AUGGCAUGUGAUACCAGGUUUGUAGUCCCGGAAGUGAUCGAGGGUUGCCCCGAGGUGUUUCAUGGACUAGAGUCGUUGGUCGAUGUUGGGGGAGGGAAUGGCGCGGCAUUGAGGAUAUUGGUGGAGGCUUUCCCAUGGAUUCGUGGCAUUGUCUUUGAUCUUCAACAUGUUAUUGAAGACGGAGAAAAAUGUGUUGGCCUCGAGUAUAUUGCGGGUGACAUGUUCCAAUCUAUUCCUAGGCAUGGCAAUGUUGCUCCGUCGGGUCGGUGGAUUCUACACAAUUGGGGAGACGAAGAAUGCAUCAAGAUCCUAAUAAACUGCAAACAAGCCAUACAUCGUGAUAAAGGGAAGGUGAUAAUAGUCGAUACACUAAUUAACGAAGAGAAGGAGAAUGAAAGUGACGGUUUUGAGUAUGUGAGGCUGAUGAUGGACAUGACUAUGUUGUCCAUAUUGAAAACGGGCAAAGAAAGGACAUUGAAAGAAUGGGAACUUCUACUCGCUCGAGCAGGCUUCUCUCGACACGUUGUCCAUCGCAUUCAAGCUGCUCAAUCUGUGAUUGUGGCUUAUCCCUGA